AUGGUUUCCUGCGACAUCAGCGUGAACAAUGUCCUCGCGGUAGUGAAUUCCAGGCUCGUGGGCCACUACGUGCGGCUGGACGAUCGCGUUCGGACGUUGGGUCUUUGUAUCAAGGCCUGGGCUGCAGCUCGCCGAAUCAACGAUCGAAGUCGUGGGACGAUCUCAUCUUUUGCUUUGGUAUUGAUGCUGAUUCAUUUCCUUCAACGUCGGGACCCACCGGUUCUUCCAUCUUUGCAGGACAUUGCUUUCAGCCAGAAUGAGAAGCCGAAGUUUGUCAACGGUGUGGACUGCCGGUUCUGCACUGAUGCUGGCAAAAUCCGGGAGGAGUUGGCAUACUUGCGAGGUGCACGUUCGCCUAACGAGGAAGACGUAGCAACCUUGCUCCUCGAGUUUUUUCGAUACUUCGGGAAAGAUUACCGGAGCGGCAUCAUCCGAAUCCGGGACACUCGUUCGAUGCUGCCUCCUGGUGACGAGACCAAGUGCUUUUUGGUCGUGGACAACCCCUUCGAGGUCGGCAAAGACGUGGCAAACAUCGAUGCCUCUCAGCAGAGUGCUCUCCGAAAGGACCGUAGCAUUCUGCUUUCGCGUGUUGCCCCACGUUUCUGGUUUGCAAAAAGCCUGCAGAUACAGGUAUGUGCUGUCCAUGUCAUGGGCCAGAUGCCCCUAAAGCUUCGCAGGAGUUCCGGCGAGCGUGGAGCUACCUCAAUCAGGCAAGUGUCACGCUUCCAGUGCAGAGCAGACUGA